ACUAGACGCUCUUCGUCCACAUCUUCGUGCGUCUGAAGUCGCAUUUGUGGUCUCAGUUUCAGUUUCAGUUAAGCUUUUCGCCCCAUCAGCAGGCCAGAUUCGUGAGCGACAUUUUCGAGUCAGCGGCUUAUAAGUCCGGGCGGCCAGUGAUUAGCAUUUAGUCGAAUUUUGAUUGCCAAGGGUCCAAGUGCCUCAGAGACAUCUCAAUCGCAAUCUCAAUCCCAACUCCAACGGAAAUGCGUGUCUUUAUUGUUUCUUGCCUUCUGGGCCUGACGGUGGCCGCGCCCCAAGGAUACAGCUACAGUCAAGUCCAACAGCAGCAGCCAUCAGCGCCCCUGCAACUGCCCGGAAUUCCCCAGAUUGCCAGCUUUGCCGAGCAGACGCUGCUCCAGCAGGCACUCCAGGCCCCCAAGGUGCAACAGGUGUUGUCCGGCGGCAGUGGCAGCUACUCCACAGCUCCCCAGCAGUACCAGCAGCAGCCGACGCAGCUAACCGGCAACUUUGCCUACAACUCCCUGCCCCAGCAACAGACCUAUCAGCCGCAACAGCAGCAGACCUACCAACCACAACAGCAGCAGCAGCACCUGGUCUCCAAGGACAUAUAUGUUCAUGUGCCACCCGUUGAGGAGCCCGAGGAGCGGUACCCGCAGCCCGUCCUUCCGCCCGCCCCUCCUCGUAAGCACUACCGCAUCGUGUUCAUCAAGGCGCCCACUCCCAGCGUCAGUAAGGCGGCUCUGCGCAUUAAGCAGGCUCCCGUGGAGGAGAAGACCAUCAUCUACGUCCUCACCAAGAAGCCCGAUCCCCUGGACCUGCAGACAGCCAUCGAGGAGAUCGCCCCCAAGCAGCCCAGCAAGCCGGAGGUCUUCUUCAUCAAAUACAAGACCCAGGAGGAAGCAGCGCAUGCGCAGCGCACCAUCCAAGCCCAAUACGACCAGCUUGGAGGAACCUCUCAGGUCUCCGAUGAAGGCGUGGCACCCGUGACUUCGGUCAUCGGUGUUCUGGACAACCCAGCUACUGGAGGCGCUGCCCUCGGGGGUCUGACGGGAGGCACCCUGCCCAACAAGUACCUGCCCGCCCAUCUGCGCACUUAGGCGAUGGAGUUUCCGAUGCCAAGCCAAAAGGACUGCCGUAUCUUUAAGUUUCCAGUUGUUGUAUAUAUUUAGAUAAAUUAACUUGACCCAUCCGUAUC